CUGGAGGUUGUCUUUAUAUUGGAUUCGGUGGACAUGCAUUGGGUAGUGGUAUGGGAUUUCUUGUUCGAAAAUUUGGAUUUUCAUCAGAUAAUAUUCUUGAUGCACAAAUUGUUUUAGCAAAUGGAACAGUAGUUAAUAAUGUAAAAGAAUAUCCUGAACUUCUCUGGACUUUGCGAGGUGCAAGAAAUGCAGGCUAUGGUAUUUUUACAACUUCAACCAUCAAGAUACACCCUAUACAAAAGAUCGUAACUCGUUUUAAUCUUACGUAUGAUUUUGACCAAACAUCAUCAAUUCUCUCAGUAAUAAAUCAAUUGGGGAAUAAUUAUUUUCAUCAAAAUUUAACAUUUGCAACAUCAAUCACUAAACUCCCAGAAUUAACUGUCGAUGUUUUUGGGAUUUAUUUAGGAUCUGCAGCUGAAUUACAACCUUAUAUACAAGAUUUUAUAAUUUAUCAAAAUUUAAAAUGGAGUCGUAUAAUGAAGGAUGUGGGAAAUUUUAAAGUAAAAACAUUCUUUAUGAAUUCUGGUGGGUUAUCUAUUGAAGAAGCUAAAAAUCUAAUGAAAUUUAUAGAAGGUUUCAAGUGUGAUUUAAAAAUAGAGAUGUUACUACUUGGUGGAAGAGUUAAUAAGGUUAGGAGAAACGAAACAGCAUUCGUCCAUAGGGGUCAUAUGAAUCAUAUGAAUAUUAAAGUAAUAGAACCUUCUGAAAUGUGUUUACGAGAUUUAAAAAUUUUUUCUAACCAUUUUCAACAAA